AUGGCUUUCAACUUUGGAGCGUCUAACCCCGCCGGGGGAGGCGCUGAACUGGGCCCCGAGCUCCCCGAUGUUUAUGCAGAGGAAGUCGGAUUUAAAGGCGUAUCAAGUGAUAGCAACAUUCGGUUACUCAACACUCCCUGGCCCGAAGACGCUCUUCCUAGCCCGACAAGCUCCCUCCUUGCCGUCGCACCCACGAAAGGCGUUGUGGUUGGCGCUGGACCAGACGCCCUGUAUGUCGCUUCAUCCGACGCCAUUAGAACAGCCAUAAGUGCACCCACUGGGGAGGAUAAGGUCAAAACCAAGCCGUUCCAGGUGCAAGCGACGAUCCCUCUUCCUACAAGACCCACGCACAUCACAUUCGCCUCCGGUGACAGCGCCCUUGUGCUGGCGACUGAGAAUGGGACUCAGCUUUCGGUUUUCGAGACUGCCAGUCUCUUGCAAGGAAAUGCGCAACCGGCCUUAUCUAUUCCGACGAACGGCACUACCUUCCGCUUCCUUGCCCCCAAUCCCGCGCAACCCGAAGACUCUCACUCAUCCCUUCUGGCACUUGUGACGACGGGGGGCGACCUCCUCAUAGCCGAUCUGAAGGCUGGAAAUCUACUCUCGGGUCCGAAUGGUCAGGUGCUGAAGUCUGGGGUUAGCACGGUUUGCUGGAGUAAUAAAGGCAAGCAGCUCGUAGCGGGACUUGCAGAUGGCACUGGAUUCCAGAUGACCCCAGAUGGAGCCCAGAAAGACGUCAUCCCGCGUCCAUCAGAUCUGGAGGAGAACCAUCAUGUGUCGUCUAUCGCUUGGCUUGAAAAUGACGUCUUUUUGAUGGUCUACACAUCGAAUGCCGCCGAGGAUGAUAUGGGCCAGACGCCAUCGUCACCAUACUAUGUUAUCAGCAGAAGAAAGCAGGCGCCGUUCUUGAUCCAGAAAUUGCCCGAAUUGUGUAUGCCCUUUGGCGUUAAGCGCGCUCCUGCCUACCAGUUCAUCGCGCGUCUCCGAGACUACAAACCGCAUCUGAAGGAUGUUCUCAUUGUCUCUUCGACAGCAUCGACGGACGUAGGUCUGAUUACCAGGGCGGAUAAACCGUUGGCUAGUGACGAUGCUGCCAAAGCCACCACCGGGCUGUUUGUUACGACCGAAGUGAACGAUGACACAAAGAGAGCGUCGCUCCCGCUCAAAGACUCUACCGAGGAGACCUCUGUGAUCGGGCUGGGGGUUGACCUAUCGAGUACUGAGAAUGUUGUAGCACCAAUUGCUGGAGAGGAUAUUACUGAAAGUUCUACUCCCCUGCCAAACCUGCUGCUUCUCAAUCACGAAGGUAUCCUUUCUUCUUGGUGGUUCAUCUAUGCGGAAUCAAUUCGUCAGAAAAUCCCCUACCACGGCAUGGCGUCUGAAGGUCAACAGCAGCAGCCGGCACAGCCAGCGCAACCUCAGCCCCCCAAGCAGCCGGCGUUCGGACAGUCGACUUUCGGCAGUCCGUCUCUAGGAGCAUCCGGGUUUGGGAAACCGUCUACUGCACCGGCCUUCGGCAGUCCCUCCGCUCUGGGCGCUCGCCAACAACCGUCCUUCGGAACCCCAUCAUUUGGAGCCCCCUCCUUCGGCACCCCAUCACAGCCGGGGGCUUCCUUUGGCGCCGCUAGUACACUGGGACAAGGCUCACCUCAGUUCGGCAGGUCCGGUUUUGGAGCCCUGGGCGGCACGUCGACUUUUGGCCAGCCAUCCACCCCGGGCAAGAGCCUCGGAUUCGCAGCCUCAAGUACUGGUACUGGAGGUGGGUUUGGCUCGUUUGCAAACUCCGGGGGAUUCGGUGGGCUUGCGGCAUCGAAGCCCGCCGGGGAAUCACCCUUUGCGGCAACGUCGGGUGCAAGCCCAUUCGCAAAGUCAUCUGUGCCAUCGCCGUUCGGUAGCAAAACCGAUACUGACACCGCAUUCCCUCCGAAGUCCAACGAGUCAAAGGGGAUCUUUGGACAAGGCUCUGGUGGCUUCGUCCUUGGAUCUUCGUUCAAGGGUGAUGGUACUGCCGUCAAUGAUGGCCCCAAACCAGAUAAGCCGUCUGGAGUGUUCUCGUUCGGCCCAUCCAUGGAUGACCUGGUAUCCAACGACAAGACGAGUCCGCCAACUGAGUCGAUGGAUGAUAUGGAAGAUGAACCUGCCUCUCCACCCAAGCCGGAGCCGGAGCCCAAGGCGCCCACGUCCAUCUUCGGGGCGCCCUCUAAGGUCGAGUCUUCUGCGCCUUCCUCGAUAUUCGGCUCUAAACCGGCGGCCCCCAAUCCUUUUGGCCAGCCGGCAAAUCCUUUCGGGCAGAACCAGACGACCAAAUCUCCUUUCUCACUGUUCGGGAAUGCUACACCCGCUAAGCCAGCAUCGAGUCCGCUGUCACCUCCCUCCGAGAAGACCACCGUCGCUGCAACUCCCUUGACAAAGACGCCUUCGGAGGAUACGCAUCGCACUCCUCUCGCUUCGAGCAUUCAAACCCCCCUACCUCCUGACUCCACUAGCAAGGCUUCUUACGGACCCGGUGAUACUUCCGCAUCAUCAAAUGUCUCCAAGAGCUCCGUCGACGACGCCCCCCUUCCGCCCGACUUCACUGUCAAGGCGAAACCUGCUGCAGCCGAUGUUGGGGGAGAGCCACCUCUACCUCCGGACUUCACACAGGAGUUGCCCGAAGAAGAGGAAGAAGUGGACGAGGCAGACGCCGAAGAGGCGCCAUUGCCUCCGGACCCGAGUAUUCGGAAACCUCCGACAUCACCCAAGGAAGAGCCCGGCCCAGUGCCGGAAUAUUCCGAUGCGGAUGAGUCUGAGAGAGAGAGUGAGGAAGCGGAUGAGGAAGAUGAGGAGGGUGACGAAGAGGAUGAAUCCGACUUUGAGGAGGACAGCGGUGAGGACGUGUCACGGGAUAUUAGCGAACCCGAGGAAAGUCCGAAGGCCACCCCCGAGGGUUCUUUCGAGUUUGGCAAUGGUACUAAAGGCAGCUUAUUUUCGCAAGUUGGCAAGCCGGCAGCGGCUCAACCCCAGCCUCAGCGAUCGCUGUUUGGGGAGAUUGGGAAACCCGUUUUCCCAGCGUUUCAAAACCGGGAGCCACCCAGGUCGCCCAGUCCCGUCCGGGGCGGCAUUCAGAAGAGUCUGUUCAAGCGUGAAGGUCAGAAGCCUAGCGUUCCCCAAAGCCCCGGAAGCACUCUGGCCGCGAGAAAGGCUUCUCUCACCGAGUCUGCCCGGCGCGAGAGUCUUCUGAGACCGCAGCCUCAAAAGAAGGAGCCUCAGAUGGACCUCCAAGCGAAGCGGAUGGAAGAGGAAGCCCAGGCCCUUUCGGAUGACGACGAGGAUGAGAGGCUGCGUGCGGACCUUGCCCGACCUUUGGAGCCGGUUCCGACCCUUGACCCGUUCCUGCCUCACCAGGACUAUGCCGGGGAAACGAGUAAGCCAGGUAUCCCUGGCCAAAUCGAGCGGUUAUACCGCGAUAUUAACUCUAUGGUCGACACUCUGGGCAUCAACGCUCGGUCGCUGGCUUCGUUCCUUCUGUAUCAGAAGCAGUCGCCCAACGCGAACUGGGUCGAUAUGCUGAAGACGGAACACCCGGCCGAAAUCUUGGAUGAGAAGCUGCUUCUCUGUGAGAUUGAGAAACUGGACGAUGCUGUUGUUAUGCUGGCUGGCUCUCUGGAGGAACAGCGGGUGCAAGGGGUGGAGCAGAAGCUGGAGAGUUGCCGCGAGCUGCUGAGCAAGGACAUCCUGACGCUUCGGGCUCAGUGUGCCAGCAUCCGCAAGACUCUGGACGCGCACACGGAUGCGGCUGCCAUUAUCUCCGCACCUCUGUCCGCGGAGCAAGCGAACCUGCAACAAGAUCUCCGCUCGGCAUCUACCGAUAUCCAGGCCAAGCUGGCAGAUCUUGAGUCGGCGGUUUCCCUUCUGCGGGCGAAGAUUGCCGACGCCCCUCGCCCGGAUGGCGCUGGUGCUCGACAGGCUACCAGACGGCCGACGGUGGAGGCUGUUACGUCUACCAUUGCUACGAUGAUGAACAUGGCGGAAAGUAAGCGCAGCGACAUCGACGUUCUGGAAGUCCAGCUCAAGAAACUGGGCAUCGACACGUCGGCCCCGGCGGCCAGCCGGGAGGGCUCGCCCUUCACCACGCCGCGGAAGGGAGUCGCCCGAUUUCCGACGACUCCUGGAUCGGAUGGCCCUACCAGCGCAUACCAUACGCCCGACUCGGCUGCGCGGGGGCUUAACUUCCGGUCCAGCAUCAACGGAUCGGCGCGGGCGAGCCGGCUGCGCAGUGUCGAGGGGGUUGGCGAGCUCGUCAGCAAGGAGGAAACUCUGCAAUGGAAGACGAAGAAGCAGCGGCGCCAGCAUAUGGUGAGCAGUCUGAACAAGGCGAUUGGGGCGAAGAAGAACAAGGUGCGGGGAGUGGAUGAUCUGUAG